CCUAUCAGCGGGGCGGUAGUUGUAGGUUCGCCGAUAAUAAAAGAGGGGGAGGGGGCAAGCGAGGCUCCUCUCUCCCCUCUCCCGAGAGCCGUUACCCUCCGCGCCAGCGAACGGCGAGCCAAAACCGAAAGCCAACCCUUAUCUGAAAAAAUAUUGGAUAGAAUGGAGUUUUAGGGGGAGGAGAGUAGUGCAAGAAACAAGAAAGUAUUUGAGGUUCUGUGACUGUGAGCUAUGGCGGAUCCGGAGGCGGUGAUGGAGCCGGAGGAGCAGGUGGACAUCGAGGGCGACAACGACAUCGAGUACAUGAUGGACGACGAUGAUGCCGUGGAAGACUACGGCGACCGGAAGUUCAGGCCGGAGUCCCCGGUUGAGGGAGAGGAGCGCGAGCAUCGGUCGGACAGUGAGGGGCAGGAGAAGGCUUCGCCAUCCGAUGGGGCUGACAGUGCUGCUUCUGAACCGAUGAAACAAGGGGAGGAACAAGAGGAGAGGCCGGGAGUCGGGUCUAGAGACACGGCUGACUGCCAGAAGUGGGCUGAGCUGCUUGCACUGCCGCCUCAUGGGUCGGAGGUUUUCAUUGGUGGAUUGCUGCGAGAUGCUACGGAGGAGAACCUGAGAGAUCUGUGCGAGGCCUUUGGGGAGAUUCAUGAUGUGAGACUGGUGAAGGACAAGGAUACGAGAGAAAGCAAGGGUUUUGCUUUCAUUACAUUCACAAACAAGGAUGCUGCUCAGAAGGCAAUUGAGGAGCUCCAUGACAAGGAAUUCAAAGGGAGAACCUUGAGAUGUUCUUUGUCGCAAGCAAAGCACCGUUUGUUCAUCGGGAAUGUCCCAAAGAGCUUGUCAGAGGAAGAGUUGAGGAAAAUCCUUGAGGAAAGUGGUCCUGGGGUUCAGAAUAUUGAAAUGUUCAAGGAUCCACAGAACCCGAGCCGUAACCGUGGUUUUCUCUUUGUUGAGUACUACAACCAUGCCUGUGCUGAUUAUGCAAGGCAGAAGAUGUCGAGUCCGAACUUUAAAAUGGAUGGAAGCAACCCAACUGUCAGCUGGGCCGACCCGAAAAAUUCGGCCGACUCUUCUGCUGCUGCUCAGGGAACGAGGGAUGUGAAUGCAUAUAAUCAUGCAAGGACCCUCAAUUUUGCUAUCCUGUCAUGCCUCCCUUGCAACCAUGCCAUGGAAAAAUGUAUAUGCAAUAUCAAUAACUUGACUAUAGAAGUGAAGGCUUUAUAUGUGAAGAAUUUACCGGAGGAUGUUACGCCAGAAAAGUUAAGGGAACUUUUUGAACGCCAUGGAGAGGUCACAAAAGUUGUUCUGCCUCCUGCUAAAGCUGGGCAGAAGCGAGAUUUUGGAUUCAUCCAUUUUGCUGAGAGAUCUAGUGCGUUGAAGGCAGUUAAAGGAACAGAAAAAUAUGAAAUCGAUGGGCAUGUUGUGGAUGUCGCCCUUGCGAAACCUCAGGUUGACAAGAAGUCUGAUUAUGCUUCAAAUUCAAAUUCACUCAAACCAGGGCUUCUUCCAAGUUUCCCUCCAUAUCCAGCUUAUGGUUACACUGGGGACCCAUAUGGGGCCUACGGGGGUGGGUAUGGUGCAGCAGGAUUCGGCCAGCCAGUGAUAUAUGGUAGAGGACCCAUGCCAGCUGGGAUGAGAAUGGUGCCGAUGGUACUUCCUGAUGGUCGACUUGGUUAUGUUCUACAGCAGCCUGGUCCACAAGCUGCACCGCCACCUUCUCGGAGGAGUGAUCGCAGUGGUGGCUCAGUUGAGGGCGGAGGAAGGGGCAGUGAUGGGAACCGUGGCCGCCGAUAUCGCCCUUACUAAUCCGGUGUUAAGCUUGCAACAUCCAUUGAAGAUGUCUUCACCAGCCAUCCAUCCUUUUUGGCCAUUUAUGCAAACAGACCAAAGUUUUACAGGUGUAGACAUGGAUCAUCAUCAGGCUUCCAUACCAAACUUCUGAUCAAUACAAGCACAAGAUUGUUGUACCUGUUCCUUCUUCUGAGAUUAGCUUGUUUGCGUUUGCAUAAACUAAGGGAUGACAUGUCCUUUGAACGGCAGAGCAACAAACUGCGGAUCCAUUUAUUUAAUUUGCUUAAUCUUACUAUGGGUGAGCCUUGCUACUCAUGUAAUGAUCUUUGGAUCUGUUUCUUUAAUUUCCUUAACCUUAAUUUAGAUGA